AUGGAGUCGCGUGUGCCCUUCAGCGCAGCAUCGCUGGCGGCAUACGCGAUGCCGGAAGCUGACGACAACACAUACAUGCAAACGGUUGUGGUGCCGCCACAGUCGCACACGUGCACAGCUGCUGCAGCUGCAGUGGGAGCUGCGUCAUCGACCGAUGUUGCCAAUGACGACUACGCCAGCGGAGAAGGCUCUUCAUGCUAUCCGUUGCCAGUCUCCAGGCUUGACAGCGGCGUGGCCAGUGACGCACCUUCAGCACUCGCGCCUGCUUCACUCAUCAGUGACAGCCGUGAUUGUCACCCGCAGUCGCCGUUUUCCAUUGACCUUCCGCAAUCAGCUCCGCCGCUUUCGUGGAGGGAGAGCGAGGAGACCGACGUGGCCGCUCCGGCAGAGAUCGACCACUGCAUCGUUGCCGACGCUGGCGCUGAGGAAGACGAGGCUGCCAAGCAAGAUGAAGCGCAGACCGAGCGAUGUGGGGCGAACCGCGACGUCCAGCGCUUGUAUAUGCACCCCCUCGCUGCUGCCGCCGCCGAAGGGUCCUUCGGUGUCACAUCACCUGUGGAUCCCAUCACAGCAGCCCUUGCCCGUCAGCAGCAGCAACAAAAACGCGGUGAACCCCGCUCCCCGCUUUCCUCGCGCACGCUGCAGGCACUGUACGCAGCGUGCGCCGAGGGGCGGUACUCCAGCUUCAUCACACAGCUCACCGCUGACGACGUGCUGGCACCGCCGCCGUUGGCGCUGACCUGGUACCCGUCUGUGCCUGCUGGCACCACAAGGUUCGCCGACCGCAAGCGCACAGCAGAUAGCUUGACGGUGACAGCCAUGCGCCAGCACGAGAAGAGCAUGCUGGCGGAGGAAGAGGUGCACGGUGUUGCCGAGAUGACAACCACCGGCGCUGCACCGCCGUUACGUCGCCCUCGAACGGAGGAGCUCGCCGUGCCUGGCGCGGGGCCGCAGCCUCCCUCGGCGUCUUCAUCGGUGCCCGCAUGCAUGGGCGCAUGCAUACCGCCACUGUGCAUAUACACGGGGGCGUGCGCUACAAAGCGCAGCGACAGUGCCGAUGCGGCGUGUGCAUCUGCUGCUGCCGACAGGUAUGCGAACCCGCACCGCAAGCGUGAUCGAGACGAACGAGUGUACGAGUACCUUUCACACGGGCGGCGACUGCGUUGA